UAACCACAAAAAUAUAUCGAUUGACAACCAAAAAAUAUCUGUUUACAAAAAAAAUAUCUGUUCGAAAACAGUGACUGACACUAUUUUUUGAUGAAAAUUCCUAUUCACAAAUCACGAAUGGUCUGUAGUAUUUUAUUUUUUAUUUCUAUUCCUUUUUUCUAAUAUCACAGAAUACACCAACCCAAUGGUGGGUUGGUGUAUUCACACUCCAAAUGUGAAAAACGUCCAUAAAAAAAAUCAAGUGUAAAGAAAUGGAAGUAAAACAAGAAAUUAGCGAGGAAACUAGUAAAGUAGAAGAGUAUAAUGACUUGGAAUAUGCUGUUUCGGAUGGCUUUAAAUGUGAAAUUCAGGAGGAAUACAAUAAGCAAAGUACUGAUGUCAAAUAUGAUUCCUUAGACUUAGAGAAAUGUCUCAUAAAUACUGAAAUAGAGCAACAUGGAAAUAAACAUAACCCAUUUGAAGAAAUCCAAAAAAUUGAAAAAGAUUAUUUCCAAAAGAACAAGAUGGAAAUUAUGGAGACAAUAACGGAACAUUCAUCUUACGAAGAAAAUUAUAUGGACCCACAUGCUGAAGGAAAGACAUUAAGUAAAAAUAUGAAAAUUGUGACUGGAAAAAGACCUUACAAAUGUGAAAUUUGUUUUAAGCAGUAUGCUCGAAAACCUUAUUUAACCAAACACGUGAAAGGUCACAAGGAAGAAAAAUAUCACAAGUGUGAAAUUUGUUUUAAGCCGUUUCGUACAGCAAGUAAUUUGAAAGCACAUUUGAGAGUCCACACUGGAGAAAAACCUUAUAAGUGUGAAAUUUGUUUUAAGCAGUUUAACCAAGCAAGUAAUUUGAAAGUACAUUUAAGUGUUCACGCUGAAGAAAAACCUCACACAUGUAAAAUUUGUUUUAAGCAAUUUACUACAGCAGCUUAUUUAAAUAUACAUAUGAGGUUGCACACUGGAGAAAAACUUUAUCAGUGUGAGAUUUGUUUAAAACAGUUUACUCAAAAAUCUAAUUUUACUGAUCAUAUGAAAGUUCACACCGGAGAAAAACCUCACAAAUGUGAAAUUUGUAUUAAACGGUUUCGUACAGCAGGUAAUUUGAUAGAACAUUUAAAGGUGCACACUAAAGAAAAACCUCAUAAAUGUGAAAUUUGUUUUAAGCAAUUUACUACAGCAGCUUGUUUGAAAAUACAUUUAAGAGUGCACACUGGAGAAAAACCUUAUCAGUGUAAAAUUUGUUUAAAACAGUUCGCUCGAAACAGUACUUUUACUGUUCACAUGAAAAUUCACACUGGAGAAAAACCUCACAAAUGUGAGAUUUGUUUUAAGCAAUUUACUACAUCAACUUGUUUAAAAAUACAUUUGAGGGUGCACACUGGAGAAAAACCUUACCAGUGUCAAAUCUGUUUUAAAGCAGUUUAGUGAAGCAGGUACUUUAAAAAUACAUUUGAGGGUUCACACUAGAGAAAAACCUUAUCAGUGUGAGAUUUGUUUAAAACAGUUUGCUCACAAAGGUCAUUUCACUGAUCACAUUAAAGUUCACACCGGAGUAAAUACAAGUGUGAAACUGGUUUAAAGCAGUUUACUGCAACAGAUAUUUAAGAACGCGCACUGGAGAAAACCUUACUAAU